UUACGAAGCCUCCACCUUAGUGCAGCUUUUACUGCACUGUGAUUAUUAAGAGUUGGGCGUUCUUUAAAUAAGAAAAUGGAGAAAAAAGAUAUUUUUUAUCCUGACACCGUUCCUAUAUUGCUUUAUAAUAAACACAUAGAAUAUUUAAAACACGUCUCAUGUUCGAGUUAUGGUAACAGUUAUGAUUUUAAAUCUACAGAAUCAAUAAGAAUGAGCGGCAUUUACUGGUGCCUUACAGCUCUUGAUAUAACCCACUCUUUAAAAGAAUUUCUCCAGAAGCCAGCGAAUAACUCGGACUCUAUUUCAGAAGAGGAAAGAAUUGUGAAUUUCUUACUCCAAUGCUACAAUCCUGAUGGAGGCUUCGGCGCUGCUGUUGGCCAUGACUCCCAUAUGCUGUAUACACUAAGUGCUGUCCAAAUUUUGGUUCUUCUUCGAAAACUUGACCUUGUCGAUAAACAUAAAAUUGCCCGCUUUAUAAGUACUCUACAGCAGGUAGAUGGCUCAUUUGCCGGUGAUAAUAAAUACAGUGAAAUCGACUCCAGAUUUUCUUUUUGCGCAAUUGCUUGUUUGUACUUACUGUCACUCUUGGACGCCUUUGACCUCCAAAAACAUCCUAGCUCGCCCUUUGGAAUUGAUACAAAUAAAGCAGUUGAUUUUGUGCUAAAAUGUCAAAACUUUGACGGCGGUUUUGGUACAGUCCCUGGGAGCGAAAGUCAUGCGGGCCAGGUCUAUUGCUGCAUCGGAGUCCUGACCAUCACGAGAGCCCUGCAUAAGAUAGAUACUGACUUGUUGGCGUGGUGGCUCUGUGAGCGUCAGCUCCCUUCAGGUCGUCUCGGGGGCCUAAACGGGAGACCUGAAAAACUACCCGAUGUGUGCUAUUGUUGGUGGGUACUCUCUUCAUUAAAAAUGCUUGGCAGACUACACUGGAUUAAUAAGGAAGCUCUUAUAUUCUACAUACGCGCAUGUCAGGACCCGGAAACCGGGGGCAUCUCGGACAGACCUGGAGACUGCUGCGAUCCAUUCCACACUUUGUUCGGCUUAGCAGGUCUGCAACUUCUCGGCGCCGCGAGCGAGUUACAGGAGAUCAACGCUGUGUUUUGCUUGCCUCAAUAUGUAGUAGAUGCUAUCGAAGAAGACUGCUGUCUCGACCAACUGAGGGCUCACAGAGACAAAAACGCUAAAUAAGAUGGAUGUAAAAAUAACUUUUAAGCUUCCAGCUCUUUUUCUUCUUCCGU